GUACCCUGCCAGCCCUCCCGCUCCGUCCAAGAACCAGAGAAUUGGCCAUGAGAAAGCGCCACUGAGACCCCGCCCAAGCUGUGCCUGGAAUUCCACUGUCAACGCUUGGUUUCGCCUAGAUCCAGCUCUCUCCUGGGUUAACCUGAAACUAAUGUCCUAGACUCCCCUUUUUUUGCGGGGUGGGCAGAGACAGACGACAUUCAGCUUUGCAGGAGCAGGCCUAGGCCAGAGAGGACCAGAGGGGAGACAGGGCUGUGCUGAGGGUUCCAGGAAGGGUUUCUGGCGGAGGGGGCCUUGAGCUAGGCCCUGAGGAUGAGUUUGUCAAGUCAGGAAAGGUUUUCAAGGCCGAGGAAACAGCGGAAGGGAAAGCUGAAGAGGGGCGAAAACCUGGAGAGUUCCGGGAAAACAGGCAUCUUCGCAGAAGUUUGGACAGGAUUUUCCCAGCGCCACUAUAUGGGUUCUCCGGGACUCAUUCCGCCGAGCCACUGAAAUGCUCUUGCUUCGCCUAAGGCUAUGGAUGGCUAGCUCGAACCCUCGCCUCACUAUUUCCCACCGCCCAGUGCCUGCAUUUUUUUUUUCUACUCUUCGUUUCCGGUACUCGGAUCCCGACAGCUCUAGGAUCCUAAAAAUUCGGUCUAAUGUUGCCUCGGGGAACGCUAUUUCACUGCACCCCCCGCAUGCAGGCCCCUGCCUCUUUCCCUGGACACAGCCAAUAGAAAUGAAGGUCUUCAGUGGGUGGGUGGUACGUCUUUUGGGGGCCCAAUGGUAGUCGAGAACCGCUGAGCACUUUGCCAGUCACGCUGCGGAGUAGGCGGGGCAUCCUACUUGGACUUGAAGCCUCGGGUGAAGGGUACUCCGACGAGCGGCUGGCAGGGAACCCAUGUGGCGGGGGCUCUGGACCCUGGUAGCCCGGGCGGCACGUGGGCCUCGCAGACCGUGCACGCGCCAGGGCAGCAGCACCCCGGUCCCCGGAUCCGGGGCCACCAUUUUCGCGCUGAGUUCCGGCCAAGGCCGCUGCGGCAUCGCUGUGAUUCGGUCCAGCGGCCCCGCCAGCGGCCACGCCCUGCGAAGCCUCACGGCGCCCCGGGACUUGCCCCAGGCUCGCAGGGCCUGCCUGCGCCUGCUCAGCGACCCCCGCUCCGGGGAGCCGUUGGACCGCGCACUAGUGCUAUGGUUCCCAGGUCCCCAGAGUUUCACGGGUGAGGACUGCGCGGAGUUCCACGUGCACGGAGGCCCGGCCGUGGUGAGUGGCGUCCUGCAGGCCCUGGGCAGUGUGCCAGGGCUGCGGCCAGCGGAGGCAGGCGAGUUCACCAGGCGAGCCUUCGCCCACGGGAAGCUGAGCCUGACUGAGGUGGAGGGGCUGGCGGAUCUGAUCCAUGCGGAAACUGAGGCACAGCGGCGGCAGGCCCUGAGGCAGCUGGACGGGGAACUGAGUCACCUCUGCCAGGGCUGGGCGGACACCCUCACUAAGGCUCUGGCCUAUGUAGAGGCCUAUAUCGACUUUGGGGAAGAUGACAACCUGGAGGAGGGCGUCCUGGAGCGAGCUGACAGCCAAGUGCGGGAGCUGGAGGUGGCACUGGGCGCACAUCUUCGAGAUGCCAGGCGUGGGCAGAGGCUCCGCUUAGGGGCACACGUGGUGGUUGCGGGACCCCCCAACGCCGGCAAGAGCAGCCUAGUGAACCUGCUCAGCCGGAAGCCUGUGUCUAUCGUGUCCCCAGAGCCGGGGACCACCCGAGACGUGCUGGAGACCCCUGUGGACCUGGCCGGGUUCCCUGCACUCCUGAGCGACACAGCAGGGUUGCGGGAGGCCGUUGGGCUGGUGGAGCAGGAGGGUGUGCGGCGCGCCCACGAGAGGCUGGAGCAGGCUGACCUCAUCCUGGCGGUGCUGGAUGCCUCUGACCUAGCCUCUCCAUCCAGCUGCAACUUCCUGGACAUGAUUGUCAACCCCGGGGGAGCCUGGACAUCCAAUGGGAACAGCCAGCGUCUCCUGUUGGUGCUGAACAAGUCAGACCUGCUGCCCCCUGGGGGCUCAGACCCAAGUUCUGACCUGCCCCCGCACCUGCUGCUGUCCUGCCUUACGGGGGAAGGGCUGGACGGCCUCCUUGAGGCGCUGAGGAAGGAGCUGGCUGAAAUAUGUGGAGAUCCGUCCACAGGCCCUCCGCUUCUGACGCGUGCAAGGCACCAGCAUCACCUCCAGGGCUGCCUGGACGCCCUUGGCCAUUACAAGCAAGCUAAAGAUGUAUCCCUGGCAGCCGAGGCACUGCGGGUCGCCCGGGGGCACCUGGCCCACCUCACCAGUGGAGGGGGCACCGAGGAGAUCCUGGACAUUAUCUUUCGGGACUUCUGUGUGGGCAAAUGAGGGGACUGCUGAAGCUCAGACCAGGCUGGGUGGAUGCCCAGAAGCCUUGAGGCAUCUGGGAACAGCUUAGGCCAAGUGAGAUUCUUAUGUCCUUGGGGAAGAACUUGACCCCAAAACAGUGAGUGAACUCCCUGUUGCUGGUGGUGACCAAGCUCUAGCUGGCCAGGUUCCCUUGCAGGAACUUGCUGGGAGUUCAGGCCCUGGCGUGGUCGGAACAGAGAUCCCUUGGAGCUCCUUAUACUAGGGGAUAGCAAUGGAGGGUUGGAAGGGAGAUGGGAGGGUCUCAGGGGUCUUUGUUUAAUAGUUUUUAAUUUAUUUUGCAAAUACCAAAGGAAUAUAAAAAUCUCAGGUGAUUCAGAAAUGUUUAACUGUAGAAAUCUCCCUCCCCCUACCACCAGGGUCACGGCUUAACUGUAUCCUUUUAGAACUUAUCUCUGAGUGUUUGCAUACUUGUGGAUGCACCUGUAAAAUAAUGUUUUGUCUUGUAUUUUCUA